CGGGGCGGCGGUCGCGGCCGGCGCUCAUUGGCCGGCAGCGGCGCUCGGAGGUUCCUGCGCUACCGCUGGCGCCUAGUGUGAGGACCCGCGCCUUUGCUACUCGCCCGGCGGGUCGUGGAGCGGGGCGGCUCGCCGAAGUCCUGCCCGCGCGCCCCUGCCCGCAGCGCCCGGCCAGCUCUAGGAUCUUACCUAUGGAUCUUCUUCAGUUCCUGGCCUUCUCCUUCAUCCUGCUAUUGUCUGGGACAGGAGUCACAGGCGCCCUGAAAACCUCCCUGGACCCUAGCCUGGAAAUCUACAAGAAGAUGUUUGAGGUGAAACGACGAGAACAGCUGUUGGCACUGAAAAACCUGGCACAGCUAAACGAUGUUCACCAGCAGUACAAGAUUCUUGAUGUCAUGCUCAAGGGGCUCUUUAAGGUGCUGGAGGACUCACGGACAGUGCUCAUUGCUGCAGAUGUGCUCCCAGAUGGGCCCUUCCCCCAGGACGAGAAACUGAAGGAUGGGUGGCUGGGGCUGGCCAGAUGGGCAACAGAAGGGCAUCUGCCCAGGCCACUCAUCAGGAUCCUCUUGCCAGCUUUCUCCCAAGUAGUGGAGAACACAGCCUUCUUCGGUGAUGUGGUGCUGCGCUUCCCGAGGAUUGUGCACCACUACUUUGACCACAAUUCCAACUGGAACCUCCUUAUCCGCUGGGGCAUCAGCUUCUGCAACCAGUCGGGCGUGUUUGACCAGGGGCCCCACUCGCCCAUCCUUAGCCUGAUGGCCCAGGAGCUGGGGAUCAGUGAGAAAGACUCUGACUUCCAGAACCCAUUUAAAGUAGACCGCCCAGAGUUCAUUUCCAGCACCGACCCUUUCCAGAAAGCCCUGAGGGAGGAGGAGAAACGCAGGAAGAAAGAGGAGAAGCGGAAAGAGAUCCGAAAAGGCCCACGGAUCUCAAGAUCCCAGUCUGAGUUAUAGCCAUGAGCAGCCCAGGGCUCAAGGGGCCAGGAGGAGACCACUCCAGAGGAAGAGGUGGAGGUAUCGACUGGUGGUGAGAGCUGGCCCUUGUGAAAGAGGAGGUGGCAUUCCCUCAGCCCUCUGGAGCCGGCUCUGCGCCCUAACAGAAGUGACUGGGCCACAGAGGGCUGGAUUUCCUCCCAGGGGCCUCCCUGGAGGGAGUUCCAAGGGGGCCUUCAGAGGAUGCCAUGCUGCAAAUCAAACCACAUCAAGAUGCCGGGGGAUCUGAAGGGAUCCCAGCUGGACUCUCCCUUUGGGUUAGGACUGCUGGCCAGCUGGCUACCACCCUUCUGGAGGAGGCAGCAAAACCAGGCUCUGAGCCACUUGUGGAAGUGCCAUGCCUGCUGCUGGCCCCACUGUGGCACUAAGCUGCCCAGCACAGGUCCCAGCUCCCUGCAGUGAUAUAAUAAAAGCCAGCAAACCCUCCGAGCUAACCAAGUCUGGUUUGGGCCCCAGGGAGCUGUGAACCCUUUCGUGGGGCAGGGGCCUGGGUAGGGGGACCAGGGGUCCUCCAAGAUGUAGAGACUACCUUAAAGGAUAUUCCCACCUCAUUACGAGGAGCCCUAGGCCCUGGCAAGGCAGUGAAGCAGGGGCUUGGCUUAGCUCUCCUAUUCCCUUCUCAGCACUGUCCUUCAUGAAGGAGUGAGCAACACGAUCUCUGUCCUCAGAUCUCUGGAGACAGUUCACGAGCAGGUGCAGGGUAGAGUCAACAUGUAGUGUCUGGCAACCCUAGAAGUCCCUUGGCCUGUGGGUAGAAGAUGUCAGGGGACAGGCUGUAGCUCUGCAGCAGGCUGUGCUUUGCAAUGGCAGUGCUGCCCCAAACUGGAUUGGUCAGAUGGAGAGUUCCCCAUAGCAGAGACCAGGGGCCAUAGAGCAGGGAAUCUGCAGAGGGAAUUAGGCCCUGAAUGGGCAGCUACCCUUGAAUCAUGCUCCUCCCAGGCAGAGGAAGGAGGGACUCCGAUGGGAAUUCCAGUUCAGUUUCUCUGACCUUGCCAAGUCAUAUCUGUCUCUUAAAAGAGGAGAAACACAUGACUAUCCCAGAACCCUCCACCCCCCCCCACCUCUGACAGAGUCCAAGAGAGAUGGGAGUUUUGUCUCUGCCCCUCAGACUUGCUGAGUGACCUGACCCAGCCCUUCCCUGUGCUGUGGCUUCAUUGGCAAAAUGAAUUUUAGUCUGAAUCCUCUGCCCAGCCCUAAACUGCUUCUCUGAGUCUGGGGCCUGGCUUCUCAGUGACAGAUGCUCUUUUCUGAUGGGUCUUAUGUCACCCUGUAUGUACAGUUAAAGAGAGGGGUCAGUCUUACCUAUCUUCACCUCUGUCCUGUCUGGCUCCCCUCUCCUUCUAGGCUCUACCUUCUACACCUUCAGCCUUUCCAUCCUCAAAUGGGCCCAAGUUUCCCCAUCUGACACCUUCAAAGAAAGAAACAGAACCACUCAGCUCUCCCCCUCUCUCCUUCCCUUUGAUGCCACUGGUGAAUUGUUCCUGGAACUCCACCUCAAGUCUUAACUGUAGGCAGAGCCUUCCUUCCCAUUUCCUUGUCAGGAUGUAUAGAGGCCGUAGUUCCUUGCAGCUGGUAUUCAGUCCUCUGAGCAAAGUGCCAUUAACCAGAUGUACCAACCAUAAUGGGAGUUGUGCUGGUGGAGGUAGUGGCUGCUGGGACUAGAGUUAUCAGUGGGGCAGGGGAUGAGGGCAGUUCUAGUAGCCACACUGUCUUCACUGGUGUUUUCAGCAUGGUCUUAGAUACUGUUCCUGUCUGCUGAGUUUCAGAGUCCAAUCUGAGGCACCCCUGGAGAAUCUCAGAGCUCCCCUAUAUCCUCAGAGGCAGGGUUUUUCAACAGUGGCAUUUAUUUACAUUUAGGGCCAGAUAAUUCUUUGUUGUGUAUAUGAGGAUGGCUGUUCUGAGUGUUGUAGGAUAUUAGCAUUCUUAGCUUCUGCCUACCAGAUGCUAGUAGCAGUCUCUGGACAUUACUAGAUGACCCCUGGGGGUAAAAUCUCCCUGGUCCACAGCCCUUGUUCCUCCUUAUCCCAGCCCCACAUCUUUGUCUGCUGUCCCUGGUUCCUCAGUCAGUGCCCCCAGGGAGAUGCUGUUGGAAGCUCUCUGAGAUGAUCCUCCCAGGCUUCUGGGCUAGUAUGUUGUCCUGGUUCUCUACCCUCAGUCUGAGUCUGCUCUGUCUCUUCCUGAUUCCUCUCUCCUCACCUGCCUCUUAAACAAGACAUUUUUUUUAAACUAAAUCUCUCCUCUCUGCUUUUUUUCUUAGCAGUUGCAUCCUCUGAGACUCCAAAGCUGAUGGCACCUGCCCUCUUGCCCCUUAUAACCCUCAGUCCUUAUGUUUCAGUUUUUCCAAAACCAAACUUACUAGUUCCCAUCCCCAAGCCUAAUCUCUGUGUCAAUCCGUAGGGUACAUGUUCUUGCCUAAUCCUGGAGGAGGUGACAACUAAAUCUGGGGGAGGAGGGAGGGCAGGGCAUGGUGAGCAAAGCCCUAAAAAGGGAGGUGUCAAAGGUAGUAAAUGAAAAAGGAUAUGCAAAGGUCACUUCUCUGGCCUGUAGUAAUUGCCCAGUAUGUGGUAUAUCUCUGGAUAUAUGGUUGUCUGCUCCCUCCCUUUUCAAGUGGAGAACCUAGGUCCCUUUUUUUUUUUAAGAUUUAUUUAUUUAUUUAUGAGAGAGAGAGAGAGAGAGAGAGAGAGAGAGAGAGGCAGAGACACAGGAGGAGGGAGAAGCAGGCUCCACCCCGGGAGCCCGACGUGGGACUCGAUUCCGGGACUCCAGGAUCGCGCCCCAGGCCAAAGGCAGGCGCCAGACCACCGAGCCACCCAGGGAUCCCUGAGAACCUAGGUCCUAAGGAGUGACUUGUCUAAGGCUGCUCCAGCCCCGAGAGCCAGUCUCUUUUCCCAGUCAGGACAAAGUGCCAACUGGAAGAGAUGUUCAGUUAGGUGGGAUCCAGGGCCACAGGGAGAAUGCCAGUGUUCUGCUGAGGCUGGGUGCAGCAAAGCCACCUUUCUUUGGCAGUUUCUACUGAGCCUUCAUGUGUGCCUCUGGAGGCCACUUUGUUAGGCACUGCAGCCUCUGGACAGGUCCAGUUGAGAGUUGGGACAGUGCAGAGUGAGAGUAGGAUGUGCCUACUUCCCUGUUCAUGCAGCCCUCUUCUCUGGGUUGGGAGACCACUAGACCAAAGUGACUUAUGGUAGGCCAGCAGACAGUCACCCUUCAGUGUGGGGAGCCCUGCAAGAGGCUUAGUCAAAGGUGGCACUGCCCAAGUCAAUGCCUAGUCCUGAGCAGAGCAGCAGGGUUUUCUGUCUCAGGGUAAGACUAGUAGGUGUAGUCUGCAUGUGAGCUCUUCUACAUGUGAACAAUGAAGAAACAUUCUUGUCCUUUUUUCCCCCCAAAAUAGGCAACCUUUUUCUUGUUAUACAUGUUCAUUAUAAGAAGUAAUUUUAAACAAUGCUGAAAUACCAAGGAGGAAAUAAAAUUAACCCUAAAUCAAACCACCCUGUAAUCAAUGACUGACAGUCAGCUGUUGGGCCUUCCAGCCUUUUAACUCUUUUUUUUUUUUUUCCAGCCUUUUAACUCUUAAUGUGAACACAUAGAUCUCUAUUUUGUUGGUUACAAUAGCUACUGUGUAUGGGCACAUACAGUAUGUCAGGCCUUAUGCCAAGUGUGUGCUGGCAGCAGCAGCUCCUGCCUUAGGGCCUUUGUCCAUAUCUGUUCCCAUGGCUACGCGAGACAUGAUUCCUCAAAAUUUUAGGUUUCUUCUGAAUUGUCAGAGUCCUUUGUUGCAUCACACCCAGUACGUUCCCUUGAUGAUUUGUGCCAUUGUCUGCUUUUUACUUUUGUUUAAUGUCUUCUUUCACUACCGGAAGCUCUCAGAGGGUCAGGAACUGCCUCUUUUUGCCUGUCAGAGACGUUCAAUAAAUAUUGUUGAAUGAA